AAUCAGCUGUUUUCGCUGAUACGUGUUUGUUUGUUGUUUAUUGUUUUACCCACACCGUGUCUUUUCACCAGCGUCGCACAUUUCGAACGUUUUGCAUUCGGAAUGGUGACAGCAUCCCGUACCCCUUAAGUGAACACUCUCUUUCUCUCUGUCUCUCUCUCCUUACACAUCAACCAACAUCCGAAACAUCAUGGCCUUACUUCCACCGGAUCCGGUGUUUUGCCUGCGCUCGCCGGAAGCCUGCUCCUACUACUCGCUCUGCUUCCACACCCCGGAGCACCUGUACGCCGGCACGGACAAAGGAACCGUCCAGCUGUGGGAGCUAAAUACGAACCGCACGUCAUACCAGCUCGCCGUCGGCUCUAGCCCGCUCCUGAACCUCGCCCACACCUCCGACGCACUGAUCACGCAGGAAAAGGACGGCACGGUGAAGCUGUGGGCGCUGGCCGAUGCCGAGUACCUGUUGCGCCACGAAAUCUCCACCGAGCACGUCGGGUUCUGCCGGCUGGCGUACGACGCCCGCACGAGCACUGUGAUAGUACCGCGCGACCGGGCCGCCAUCAGUGUCCUGUGCGGCAAAACGUUCAGCGAAACGAUGCGCCUCACACCGACGGCCGACGACGAGAAGGCGCUGCCGUACGGUACCGUCAUGUGCUUCCUGCCGGUGGAGCUACAAUCCCAGCGCUAUCUGCUGGCCGGGUACGAGUCCGGUGCGCUGGUACUGUGGGACUGCCGGACCGGCCGCCCGGUCUCAUCCACCACGCACUACGUCACAGAGAACGCGGACUGCGUGCAAACGAUCGAUUACGAUCCCGUCACGAACCGGGGCGUGUGCGGCGGGUCCGCCGACAAGCUGUCCGUCUUUUCCAUCGAUCGCAACACGCACCAGCUGCUGCCGAAGAGCGACAUUGCGAUCAAGAAUGCCGGCGUGCACCGGGUACGCAUCCGGAAGGAUCUGAAGGUGUUCGCCAGUGCCGGGUGGGAUGGCCGGUUGCGCAUCUUCUCGUGGAAGAGCUUGCGGCCACUGGCCGUACUGACCGAGCACAAGGGCGAACUGCUGGACGUGGCGUACUCGGAGGCGAAGGUGACGAUGUGGAACGCGCCCGUCAUGGCGGCGGCCGGCAAAGACGGGCAGAUCUCGCUCUGGGAUUUGUACAAAUGAACCCGGGAAAACCGGGAAAUUGAACAAAAAAACGAAAACCACGAACACUAACUCAACACACUUUUACACACCUUUUCGCUUGCAAUAAUCAUCGAUGUUUCUCAUUUCCGUUGAAAUUGAAGCAAAAUUUACAUCGCUUUUUUUGUAUACAUUUAUAUUUUUGUGAAGGGCUGCGCCACUUAUGGAACUAGUUUAUACUACGAAUAAAAUUCUAUACAACACUAUUGGCAGAACGCA